AUGGAGCGGGAGAUCAGAAACAUAGAGAAGAGUGAUGGGAUCCGACUGACAUGGAAUGGGUGGCCAGUAAGAGGGGAUAUGAUGGGUAAGGUUCCGUUGGUUUGUAUGUACAAUAUCCAUCAAGAAGCCGGGGUUCUUGAGUGUGAGCCUAUAUACUGUAUGAGUUGUGGGAGUGUUUUGAAUCCGUACUGUAGUAUUGACUUUGCAAGGCAAAGUUGGAACUGUGUGAUAUGCAAAGGAAACACGACGUUUCCAAGCCAUGCACGAGGGAUAUCGCCUGAAAAUCUGCUGCCUGAGCUAUUAGGACACAACUCGACGGUUGAGUAUGUGCUGAGUAGGGAGAGUGUGUUUCCUGGUGUUUUUUUGUUUAUUGUUGAUACAUGCACGUUUGAUGAUGAAAGGCAUGCGCUGCUUAUUGAUGCGCUGAGGACAGUGAUGGAAGGGAUACCUGGCGAUUGUUUUGUUGGGUUUAUCAAGUAUGGGACGAAUGUGGAGCUGCUUGAGCUGAGUGGAGAGAGGCCCAGAAGAGUGCAUCUGUUUUCUGGGAAGAAGGAGUAUACGGCGGAGGUAGUAAAGCUGUUGAAUAUGCCUGGGAAGCCUGAGAGUAUGCAUGAAGGGAAGUUUAUUAGAAGGAAGUCUGAGUGCAGUGAGUUUUUGUAUGAAGUGAUAGAUGGGCUUGAGAGGGAUCCGUUUCCAGUGUUGAAUGCAUAUAAGCCGGUGAGGUGUACGGGAUCUGCAGUGUCAUUGGGGGUUUCAUUGAUGGAGGGAUGUUUUCCAAACAUGGGGGUAAAGCACAUGCUGUUUACGCAGGGGCCGUGUACUUUUGGGCCAGGGACUGUCACGUCGAUAAGAUACAAGGUGAAGGGAAGAGGAGAUGAGUCUGUGGAGAGCGACUCUGUCUAUGCAUCGUCAUCCAAGAAGUUCUACGAGGGGCUUGGCGAAAGGAUGAGCAAUGUUGGGCACAGCCUUGAUAUUUUAGCGGCAACUAUUGAUGAUAUUGGGAUAUGCCAUAUGGAGAGGAUGACGGGGAUUACAGGAGGCAUGCUAAUAAUGGCACAGGAUUUUGACAGGGAGAUAUAUAUAUCGUCAUGCAGGAAGAUUAUGAGCAGGGACGAGGAAGGGUGGCUAGAGCAGGGGUUUAAUGCAAAGCUGCAGGUGAAAACAAGCAAGAAUCUUGAGUAUAAGGGGGUGAUUGGCCAGGGAAAGAUGGUUGGAGGGAACUGGAGGAUGGGAAGCAUGUUCCGUACAAGCAACAUAUCUGUGCUGUUGGAUAGGAAAUCGGAUACAAAGUCUGAGAUAAAGAGUGGGGAGUUUGGGUAUGUGCAGCUAAUUACGCAAUAUCAGAGGAGUGACAGGAAGCUGCUAGUGCGUGUGACGACGUUUUCCAGGAUGUUUAUGGAAUUCCGGGAGGAUGUGGUAUGCAGAUUUGAUCAGGAGGCAGCAACUGUUUUCCAAGCAAGAUUUUUGCUAAUGAAUAAGCAUGAGGAGAUAAAGGAUUGCGAGCGAAUGAUUGAUAAGAGUCUCAUAAGGUUUGUGAAGACGUUUGCUAGGUACGACAAGGGAGAUCCAAAUACGCUUGUGCUUCCUGAUGCAAUGGCAUACUAUCCGAACUUUAUGUUUUUUUUCAGAAGGAGCCUACUAGUGCAAACAGAAAACAACUCAGCAGAUGAGACAACGUAUUACUUCAGUUUACUGUAUAACCAGAAGGUGAAUGACGCAUUGAAGCUGAUCAAGCCGACGCUUGUUUCCUAUCACUAUCAGAGGGGAGUGGAGGCUGUUGAGGUUGAUAGCAAGUCCCUUGAGCCGGAUGUGAUUCUUGUUAUGGAUACUUUUCAUAAUGUUGUUGUUUGGAGAGGGGAGUAUGUUGCGGAGUGGGUGAAUGAGGGGUACCAUGAAGAGCCUGAGUAUGAGUCGCUUAAGCAUGCAUUGAACAGAAGUGAGGGGAUGGCAAGGGGUUUGUGCAAGUACCGGCUUCCAUCUCCUCAGUUCUGUAUUACAGAGCAUAACAAAUCUCAGCAGAGGAUUAUCCAUCACUAUGUGAAUCCCAGCGGAGGGAGUUCGAUUAUUACAGAGAACAUCAACUAUGAGAAGUUUGAGGAGGCGUUGCGAAGGGUAGUUGUUUCGAAUAACGAAUAA